GGAAGAUAAUCAACGUUCCUUCCUUUUGCGCCGAUGAAGUCAAAGUGAAAACAUGAAUCAUAACGACGCGCCAACAAUGCAAUCCUAUCCAUCUCCUAACGCGACUGCUGCUGAUAGUAGUGGUGGGCCGUUCUAUGGACCAAAUUCCUCAAACCCACAUCCCAAUCAACAUCACCAACAUUUACCAACUCCCGAUGAGCUGCAGCUUGCAGAACAAUUAUCCGCCGAUGCUCAAUUGUCACGUAGUAUGCAGCCAAAUAUGGGAGCCAAUCGUGGAAUGAGCGAAAACCCAGAUUCUCGAAGUCAAGCAAAUGUCAACAUGAACCACCAAUACCAACCAGAUCAUCAAAUGCAUGGAGGUCAUGCACCUCUGAACCAUGGACUUAUGGAAGUAGGUCCUCAAUAUGAGGAUGAUUCUAUUUCUCCAGCUGGAAGAAAGAGAUCAAAGGUAUCGAGAGCUUGUGAUGAAUGUCGGAGAAAGAAAAUCAGAUGCAAUGCCAAUGAACCUGGAAAUGAAGAUAUAUGCUCAAACUGUAAAAGAGUUGGUGUUCACUGUCAAUUUAGCAGGCAACCUAUGAAACGUGGACCAAGUAAAGGCUACAUUAAAGAGCUUGCUGAUCGGAUCAAUACCUUGGAAGGACAAGUGCAAGGAAGCGAGAUGCCUCAAUAUCAACAAUCACAAGAAAUUCUACAAAGAAGACCUUCCGAAGAGUUUUCUCCGACGCCGAACCCUGAGCAAAUUCCCCGCAAGCGCGGUUAUUCUUCAAUUUCCGGGGUCGGCGAAUUUAAUUCUCCGUAUCAGAAUCAGCAACAGAGGUCAGCUUCCACUUGGAUUCCUCAAGAACAACCGCGGUCUUCAAUCUCAAAUUCGUCAUAUUCUACCAGUGCACAACUACCUGGUACCGCUCAACUCCCUACCAGAGAGCAGACCUACUCGCCAAAUAUGACAGUACCUCAGCAGAAGUGGGUGAACGCGCCUGAUGUUAGUGGCUCUGUUGAAGCAGUCAAUCAUACCUCACAGCCUCAAAGUGAAGAUCCUGUGGAGUAUAUUGAUGAUUCUCUUCUUGAAAAUUAUUAUAAAUUUAUACACCCAACUUAUCCUAUGCUAUCUCUUACUAAAACUAGGUUAAUGUCUCGGCUUUCUGCUUGUCCUGCUCCCGUCAGACAUGCUUUCUGGGAGGCGUUAUAUGCUGCGAUUAGAUCGUUUCCAACUGCUGUUCCACUUAAGCCACGAGGUAUCACAAACGCUGCCAGGAUCAUUCAAGCAGUUCAAUACGAUUCGCAGACCAUUCGUUCUCCUACUACAACGAUCGUACACCUUCAAAUCAUGAUGCUACUAGCAAUUGAGGCCAACAAUCUCCCUUGUGAUAUCCAGGACGGUCAGAUCAUUCAGUUACCAUCGGUUUGGUUGAGUACGGCUGUUGGUUUCGCCUAUUCUACGAAAUUACAUGCACACAAACCAAUUGACAAAUCGAACAAUGAUCCGGAUUCUGAUGACAAGCAUGCCAGACGAGUUUGGUUUAGCUUGGUCAUUAUGGAGAGAUGGAAUGCUGCAGUGAGAGCGUGUCCAAUACAAAUUCCAGAUUCGGUUGCACAAAUUUAUCCUGAUGAUCGAGCUAUAUUGGGUGAAGUUCCAUACCAUUUAGUUCGUAUCGCCGUUGUUAUUGGAAACUACGCGGAGGUGAAUCUUGCUACAAAUGACUUGGCACCGCUCGCAGUUUAUCGUGGACUUCACUCCCGACUCCUCAAAACCCAACUCGAACUCGUACGUCAUGAGUUAAGUAAUUCUGGUAUCACACCUAUCGAUUCUCCCGUUCUUCAUGUCAAUUAUUGGUGUGCUUAUCUCCUUAUAUUACUUCUUCAAGGGCCACAAGAAGACGCCGAUGAACAAAUGAGAGCUACUCAUUAUAUUAUCAGUCAACUUUCUUUUAACCCGGACCUCAAAUCUCCUUUGGUAAAUUACUACAAAUGUUUCGCAGCUCUUGCACUUCCAAAUCUUCUUCAAAUCGAGACUACAAAGAAAGAAGCAGACAGUACAUUGAAAACUAUGUUAGAAGGUCGGCUUGCAUCUUCGCCUUGGGACAAAGUAACGAGGGAAUUCUUGAUCAACAAUUUGGGAGCUCAAAGAAGAGGGUCAAUUGGCUUGUCUCAAAGUCAAACUCAAAGUCAAAGUCAAGGAGCACAACAAGUUACAAGUGCAGUGGUGAAGGCAAAAGCAGAUGAUAAUCAACAUAUGAUUACAGCUGCGAAUCAAGGACUUCAACGUCUGGCUGAUUUAGCAACGGCAGAGACUGAGGAUAGAGUAGAAGCUAGCAGUGGAGUUUCGACGGCGGAAGUGGUGAGAAAUGAUAAGGAUGGAAGUUUUCCGAGUGGGGGGUUAAAUAAGGUAUAAGUGGUGAUUGAGAGAGAUCGAAGGGAGGAUUGGAAGAGAUUGAAGGGAGGAUUGGAAGAGAAUAAGGGGGGGAGUAUAUAAGAUUAAGAUGGUGUAUGAGAAGUGGGCAUGGCAUGGUGCUUUAAGCACUUCAUAUGGAGUUAUUUGGUUGGAUCGAUGGAUAUGAUAGGAUAGGAUGGUGGUGUUUUUCGGACAUUUUUAUGUAUCAUAUUAAGGUUUUGUUUGUGUAUACCCCCACAUUGAAGUUCCAUUUUUCUGAAUUUUUACGGAUGGGAUUGGAGAGGAGAGAGGAGUUGGGGCUGAGGUUGGGAUAUGGUGCGGUGCGGUGCAUGAUAUGGCGUGGUGUGUGGUGGUGGUACCGGGAGGUGAAGAGAGGAGAAUAACAUGGGACUGGACACAUGCAUGCAUUUAUCGGCGUUGUUCUAGGGAUAUGUUGAUUUGGAUUUGGUUUGUGGGGUGGGUGGAGAGGGUGAGGACAUGUGAAGAUAUUCAGGGUGUUUGAAGAAGAUCGAGUUUGAAUGCAUACAUACAAAUACAAAUCAGUGUGGAGGGAAAGGAGAGAGGGGGGUAUGGAAAUAGUAUAGGGAUUAUAAAAUGGAUAUAUCUGUUUGUGCCGUUGAAUAGAAUGAAUUGAUGAAUUAUUGAAUAAGAUAAGUUGGGGCGGGAUUUGAUGACA